UGUUACACAAAAGCCUCGCUUGAAAUACUACUCAAACUCUCUCCAAUACCACUAAUUUAGUCUCUUAACGCAUCAUUAUUUGAAAUGACUGACGCCAACAAAGCACCCCAACUUAAGGAAGGCAAACGCACCCGCGUCCAACUAUCUUGUACAGCAUGUAGAGCACGCAAGUUAAAGUGCUGUCGCACCCAUCCCUGCACCAACUGUAGAAAGCGUGGCGAGGCCAGCUCGUGCACCUUCGUCGGCCGCGGACCGCGGGGAAAGACUUCACAAGGACGAGCAAGUCCCACACAUGUUCAGGAUCGGUUACAGCACCUGGAGAAUUUGAUUCUGUCGCUGACGCAGCAGCGGAAGCUGGAACAACCUACAGAGGAGGAUGGCGAUAGUGAAGCGAUUGAGCGGGGAGAGGUGGACGACUUCAACAGCCUGGAACCGACAAAUGCGAGAGAUGCUCCCCCUGCUCAUAGCUCUGAUAGACACGACAAUGGGGCAACCGGGGAUCGGCGCUCGCCAUUGUCGGAGCUGGGGACAAGGUCUCAUACCCUUACUCCCGAGGGAUCGCUGUCUGACCCCCCUGGGAAGUUGGUGGCUCAGGAAGCCGAAACGAGGUACAUUGAUGGGGCACAUUGGAGGGCUGUAUUAGAAGAGAUCAGCGAGGUGAGGGAGUAUCUGCGCGAGCAAGAUGCGCAUUCGGACGAUGAGCUUGCCCAGAAUGAGGCGACUGAUGUAGCUGGGCCGACUUUGUUGCUGGGACUGCACAAACCACUUAAAAAGGAGGAGCUGCUGGCAAGUCUACCGCCGCGGCCGAUAACAGAUCGGCUGAUUGCGCAGUGGCUCAAUUCCAAAGAGCCUGUGAUCAUGAUCACACACAUACCAACCUUCCAGAAAGAGUAUAAUCAAUUCUGGGACAGACCGCACGAUGUGUCCUUACCCUGGCUGGCUCUUUUGUAUUCCUGUAUCACAAUGGCGGUUGCCUUUCAUCAGCGGGCCGGCGAUCCUGGGCCACUGUCACUGGGAGAUUCUGCUGAAGCCAUGGAUACCUUCGGAAAGCUCACGGCGCAAUGUCUCGUCCAGUCAAACUAUACCACCCCUGCAAAAUACAAAGUUGAGGCGCUCUUCCUCUACACGAUGGCUGAAUUUUUACGGAGUGACGACGCACAAGUCGGCGUGUCAUUCCUUCUCGGCAUCACGAUCCGCCUGGCCAUGCGAGCAGGGUACCAUCGCGACCCGAAACACUUUCCUGAGAUGUCCGCAUUUGACGGCGAAAUGCGUCGACGUGUGUGGACUAUCCUCCGCCAACUGGACAUUCUCAUAAGCUUCCAGGUUGGCGUACCACGAACAGUCCAAGAGUGGCAACAUGACGUGGAGCUACCUCGCAACUUGUCCGACGAAGACUUCGAUGAGAACACCAAGGAGCUACCUCCAUCCCAUCCCGAAGAGGUAUACACAUUGAUGUCGUAUACUCGAGCGAAAUCGCGGAUCAUGAAUGUUUUCGGCAGGAUCGCAGAUCUGGCCUUCUCGCGCGAGCCGGUCACCUACGAUGAGACACUCGCUCUUGAUCGACGUCUGGACGAAGCGCACGAUCUUGUGCCUGUUAUGUUCAAAUUGCGACCACUAAGCCAAUCCAUCGCUGACCCAUCGGACAUCAUCCUCCGACGUUACACCGUGGAGUUGCUGUAUCUGAAGUCGCGGUGCGUGCUGCACCGGAGAUAUCUUGGCGAGGACCAUACCAACCUGCGGUAUGCGUACUCUCGGUGGGUGUGCAUGAGUUCCUCGAAAGAAAUCCUUCGGUGCCAAGCGGAUCUCUACCAAGAGACACAACCAGGAGGCCUGUUAUACCGGGAUCGCCAAUUCCCCACUGCACUUCAAUAUGCGGAUUACCUGCUGGCCGCGAUGAUCAUCUGUCUGGAGUUGUCGCAUACACGCACGACGACCCCACCCGUUGGCGGAGGCACCAGCGAUGAUAUUGCAGUGGUAGUCCGGGGUUCGGAGGAAUUGCUGUCUGCGCUGGAAACGUCGCACCGGAUCUUUGGUGAGAUGCGACACCGGUCGGCCGAUGCGCAGCUGGGGUAUGCCGCCAUGACGAUCAUGCUUCGGCGGGUGAAACAGCAGCGUUCAGAGCAGGAGGGUCAGAGUGAGCCUACUCACUCAAGCUUUCCUCCCGCGUAUGGAAGCUGGCAACUGGAGGCUCCAAGCUCGCUGGAUGCGCUGGAUAUUCAACCCAUGGACGGGGUCACUCCAGGGUAUGCCUCUUUGGAUGUGAUUGGGGAUAUGCUGGACACUCCUACCAACAUGGACUGGCGUCUCUGGGAUCUGCAGAUAUAUGGCAUCGAGGGACAAAACGCGGGAAAUGCAGGGACUCAACCGGUCAUUAACGACGUGCUUCAGCCAUACUAACCAGGAACUAUUCAUUAUAUUUUAUGCUGAGCUGGCAGCUACCGGCCCACCGCACCAUAUAUUCUGUGAUCGAGAUUGCCACUGCC